AUGGAACAAUGCAUGAACUGUCCAGAUGAUAAAUAUCCAAAUGAAGACCGAGUUCAAUGUAUCCCCAAAGUUGUAUCCUUCCUAUUGCAUGAAGAAUAUCUGGGCAUCAUCCUGGUCUCCUUUGCCCUAUUCUUGUUCCUAACUGCAGGUUUUGUCUUAGUUAUAUUCUUUCAAUACCUAGAAAGUCCCAUUGUCAAAGCAAACAAUCGUGACCUCUCUUUUAUCCUCCUGGUCUCCCUCUUGCUUUGCUUCUUGUCUCCUUUUCUCUUCAUUGGUCAACCAAGGAAAGUCACUUGCCUUUUGCGACAGAUGGUUUUCAGCAUCACUUUCUCAGUUGCCAUUUCUUCUCUCUUGGCCAAGACAAUCACAGUGGUGCUGGCUUUCCUGGCCACAAAACCAGGAAACCGAGUGAAGAGAUGGUUGGGGAAGAGCUUAGCCAAUUCCAUCAUCCUUUCUUGUUCUGCUGUCCAAAUUAUCCUCUGCUCCAUCUGGCUUGGAGCUUCUCCCCCAUUCCCUGAAUUUGACUUUCACUCUCAACCUGGAGUGGCCAUCUUGCAGUGCAAUGAAGGCUCCAUUGUCAUGUUCUACAUUACCCUCAGUUACCUGGGCUUCCUGGCCACCAUUUGUUUCAUAGUGGCUUUUCUGGCCAGGAAUCUGCCUGGGGCUUUUAAUGAAGCCAAGCUGAUCACCUUCAGCAUGUUGGUCUUCUGCAGUGUCUGGGUGACUUUUGUGCCCACCUACCUGAGCACCAAAGGGAAAUACAUGGUGGCUGUGCAGAUCUUCUCCAUCUUGGCUUCCAGUGCUGGGCUGCUGGGCUGCAUCUUCAUCCCUAAAUGCUACAUAAUCAUUCUGAGGCCAGACCUGAAUACAAAGGAGCAGCUUACAACCAGAAGAAAUGAAGAAAUGUGA